AUGGACUUCAUGUUUCGAUUACCGAAGGAUUCAUAUAGAAAUACGGGUAUUGUGGUCUUUGCUGACCGUUUGAGCAAGAUGACUCAUUUAGUAGUGGUGCUAGAUACCAUGGAUGGUGUAGUGUCUGCUGUCUUCAAGACAAAGUUGCGUCCGCGCUUCAUUGGACCAUUCACGGUCGUCGCCAAGAAGGGCCUUGCGUAUACGCUCAACCUUCCGCGCAAACUGCGCACACACCCCGUGUUCUACGUUGGCUUGCUUAAGCCGUAUCGGGAUCCAUCCCACGUGAACUUGGAGGCGCUUGCACCGCGUAAAUUGGCCUUGCCAUCGGUUGCUAAAUCCGUAUCAGGAUGUCAAGCUGAGCCUCCAUCCGGGCUUGGCCCUACUCCAACGCCUGAAUACGGACUCGCAUCGCGUCAAACGCACUCUGGGUCUUACCCAAUGUCUAAAGGAGACCACUCAGCUCGAGAAGCACCUUCUAAUGCUUCUCCUUCGGUAUACCGACCACCUCCGACGCUGCUCGAUGAGCAAGGGCACCGCCAGUUCGAUGUGGAGCGACUCCUGAAACGACGUCAUCGUCAGGGUCAAUACCAGUAUCUGGUGAAGUGGCGAGGGUACCCGGAGUCGGAGAACUCGUGA